AUGCGGCUCUCGCGUUUCUUCUUCACCAUUGCCUGGCUUCUCGCUCCGGUAGCGCUGAUUAGCACGACAUGGCUUUACUUGUAUCCAAUAUUCCACGGCUGCGCGUUUCCUACACCGCCAGCGCACAUAGAUACCCAGGGCACGUCGAAGGCUCCAUUUCGUCUCCUCGCACUUGGUGAUCCCCAGCUCGAAGGCGACAGUUCCCUUCCCGAUCCCAACGCCCCGCUCUUCCCCUCCCUUCGCUGGGUCGUGCAAGAUUUACAAUAUGCAAAGACGCUCAAAACAAGGCUGGACAUUGUUAAAGAAGCAGCUGUAGGCCUCAUCACAGAAGAUCUGUGGAAAAUUGUGAAAGGCAAGCGCAAGGCGAUCGAUCUCUGGGGCAACGACUGGUACCUAGCCCACAUCGUGCGCCAGACCAGGUGGUGGGCGGAGCCAACACAUGUUUCUGUUUUGGGCGAUUUAUUGGGCAGUCAAUGGAUAACAGACGGAGAGUUUGAGAAGAGAGCUGGGAGAUACUGGAAUGUGGUUAUGAGGGGCUUGGGCGGAGUGCCAGCGAAGGUGUAUGGAAUGAAAGAAGAAGAGAUUGUGGAAGAGAUAGUAGAAGACAGGGACACUGAAGAAGCAAUCGCGGAAGAAUCUGCUAGGGGAGAGCUGUUGAAGGCAAUUGAGGACGAGUCAAAGAACAAUGCAGGAGACGAUGAGCUUACAAAGGAUGAGCCAGACGAACAGAAACAGGAAGCAGUCGACGAAGCCAAGCAGGAAGAGGGAGCAAAACCUCUGCGAACUCCUUCUUGGGGUGGAACAACAGAAGUCCUGGGUGCUGAUCAACACUGGGCGAAACGGGUCAUCAACAUUGCAGGCAACCAUGACGUUGGAUAUGCGGGCGACCUCGACAUAUCCCGAGUUGCGCGUUUCGAAAAAGCCUUCGGAAGCGUGAACUGGGACAUCUGGUUCACAUUGCCCAACACGACUGCCGAUCAGACGCCACCAGCUCUCCGCAUUGUAGUUCUCAAUUCCAUGAACAUCGAUACCCCGGCAUGGAACUUCGAGUUGCAGUCCGAAACUUAUUCUUUCAUGAACCACAUUAUCACCACCGCGAGGCCGGUGGAAGACAAGACACAUGCCACUGUCUUACUCACGCAUAUUCCGCUAGAGAAACAGCCAGGCAUUUGUGUUGAUAGCCCUCUAUUCAACUACUUCGACGAGGGUCAGGGUCUCAGAGAGCAGAACAUGCUAAGCGGGCAUUCGAGCAAGACUAUCCUCGAAGGUGUCUUCGGCAUGUCAGGCAACCAAUUCGCGGCUGGCAGUGGUAUGGGCAGAAGGGGCAUUGUGCUAAACGGCCAUGACCACGAGGGUUGCGACACCGUGCAUUUCAUACGACAAGAAGGCGUCAAUGAUGGGUGCAAUGCCAAUACGGUGAAGCGUGACGAAGCGUACUGGCCUACGGUGACUUCCACGCCUAUCGUCCAGCCGAUACACACGCCAGCACCAGAAAGCUUCGACGUCUCUGCACUGAAUCCGUUUGACGUUUUGACGUGCCCAAGACCGGUACAGGUGGAGGAGCCGCCGCCGCCCGAGCCCCAACCUACUGGCUGGCGCGCGUAUCCUUUUCCCAAUCGCCCCUUCUCCAUCACACACGACCCUGUCGCCAAUGUCUCAUCUUGCACAUCAAUACAAAGCUCGCCCCACAUACGCGAGAUUACGCUUCGCAGCAUGAUGGGCGAUUUCAGUGGCUACGCAGGCUUCUUGAGUGCGUGGUUCGACAACAGCAAGGGUGAACGAGGGGAGUGGGUAUUUGAGUUUGCUAGUUGUGGAGUCGGGAUACAGCACUGGUGGUGGGGAGUGCACAGCGUUGAUUUCGCGCUGGUAGUCAUGAUUGUGCUUGGACUGGUGAUCAAGGGUUGGGAAAACAUCAGGGACAAGGGGGAGGACAGGGAAGGCAUUGCGGCCAACGGGCACACAACGAAAGCAUGA